AUGGAAAGAGGACCUUCGGCCGAAAGACGGGCAACCAUGACGGUGAGUAUAAGAACUUUUUUCAGAGAGAUGUAUCUUAGUAACCGGUAGAGAUAGCAAAAACAUGUCAACUAAUAAGAUGUACACCAUUCUCCACUGAGCACUUUAUUAGUUGACCACGUUUUGAUAUCUCUACACAAAGCUGAGAUAUAUUGUCUUGAUCAAUUACGAUUUUCGAGGUAUUCUAUUAUCAAACAUUUUUCAGAUUGACCACAAUUUCACGAAGGAUCUUAUAGGAAAAGUGAGGGCGAAUCCGUGUCUUUAUGAGAUUAGCAAAGGCACCCAAAAUGUGUUCGAGCGGAAAGCCGCAUGGAACAGAAUAAAAAUGGAGUUGGAUUUCGAAGAAGACGCUCAACAACUCUCUGUUAUUUGGAAAAAUCUUCGGGAUAAGUAUGUGAAGAAGAGAUAUAAGGUGAGCUAGUUUUAGACAGGAAGAUUUGAAACAUAAACAUUUGUUUUAGGCCCAAAAAUACCCUAGUGUGCGUCAAACUUGGGUGUAUUUUGAACGAAUGACAUGGUUGGACAUGUACCUCGGUAAGCCGAAGGAAACAAAUAGUCGUACGCACGCACUUCAACCUGUCCAACCAGGAUAUUAUGAAAGCAUUGAUGAUUCUCAGAGUGA